AUGCAGGAAACAUCUGUGUUUAUUAGUUGCGCCGUGAUUUUUCAGCUACUAUAUACUUACUGCUCGCGGCUGCAGCUCUCUGUGUGCAUGUAUGUACGUCGUUGACGAAGGGAGACGGAGUCGGAGAUAUUUUCCAAGUAUGGCAGUGAUGUAGUUACGCGCGGAGUGUGUUUUUCUUUCGAAAGGAGGUUUCCACUUUUAGAAAUAGAUCGCGAAUGUGCGUGGAAGAGCUCCUAGGUCCUCGAGUUCGUUGGUUCUAUUUCGAGCAACAGAUGAUGGAGUCUCGAGAUUGAGCUGUGUGCUCCCAGGGAUUCGACACCGACGACCACCGAGAGACGACAACCAGAGCCAAGAUGACCGGCAAACUCGCGGCGCUCAACGUCUUCAUCGGCAUCCUCUUGCUGUACUUGACAGCGAUUCUAGAUUCUACCGAAGCAGCUAAAGACUACAACCGAAACUUGUCGAGAGGACCCGGACGAGAUUACUCCGACGCAGCUAGAGAUUAUGAGAGAAACCGGACGAGGGCGCCGGCGAGAGGUCUGCACGUGCAGCGGAUUCACCCUUGUGAGCAGGGUUCCUGUUACCCGGCCACCGGUAAUCUGCUGAUCGGCCGAAGAAAGCAGUUGCACGCCUCGUCGACAUGUGGUCUGAACGGACCCGAGCGUUACUGCAUCGUGUCCCAUCUGAAGGACCGCAAAAAGUGCUUCUUCUGCGAUGCGUCCAACCCUCGACAGCAGCACAACAUCGAGAACAUCGUCAGUGGAACGCCGCACAGGACCUGGUGGCAGGCGGAGAACGGAAUGGAGAACGUGACGAUCACGUUCGAUUUGGAAGCCGAGUUUCACUUCACUCACAUCAUCAUCCACUUCCAGACCUUCCGACCCGCGGCUAUGUUGAUCGAGAGAUCGUACGAUUUCGGUAACACCUGGCAGGUCUACCGGUACUUCGCCCACGACUGCAAGGGAUCCUUCCCCGGUGUUCCGACUCAUCAACCGACGAAGCUUACCGACGUCAUUUGUGACUCGCGGUAUUCCAAUGUUGAGCCCUCGGCCGAUGGUGAGAUUAUCUUCAGAGUCUUACCGAGCAACCUGCCGAUCGAGAACCCCUACUCGAAGGAAGUCCAGAAUCUGUUAAAGAUGACCAACUUCCGUAUCAACUUCACGCGUCUGCACACUCUCGGUGACGAUCUGCUGGACAACCGUCGCGAGAUCCGUGAGAAAUACUACUACGCUAUCAAGGAGAUGGUUAUCAGAGGUUCCUGCUCGUGCUACGGUCAUGCUUCUCACUGCCUUCCUCUUGACGGCGUCGAUAACGAAGAGGACAUGGUCCACGGCCGAUGUAACUGUACCCACAACACCAAGGGUCGCAACUGCGAGAAGUGCGAGGACUUCUUCAACGACUUGCCCUGGAAACCAGCCGUCGGCAAACAGACCAAUGCCUGUCGCAUGUGUAAUUGCAACGGUCACUCGACCAGCUGUCACUUCGACGAAGCUGUUUACGAGAGAAGCGGUAGGGUAUCCGGAGGUGUCUGCGACGACUGUCAGCAUAAUACCAGAGGACAAAACUGCGAGCUCUGCAAACCGUUCUUCUAUCACGACUCAUCGAAAGACAUUACCGAUCCCGAGGCUUGUCAACCUUGUGAUUGUGACCCGCGAGGAUCUCUCGACGAGGGUAUCUGCGAUUCGCGUACCGACCCGCUUAGCGGGGACGAGUCUGGACGUUGUCACUGUAAGGCCAACGUCGAGGGCAGACGCUGCGAUCGCUGCCAGAACGGAUUCUGGAACUUUACCGACCUCAAUCCCGAGGGAUGUCAAGCCUGUACCUGCAACACUCAGGGUACGAUCAACAACCAGGGUUGCAACAUGGUGACCGGAGAGUGUACCUGCAAGCGCUACGUGGUAGGCCGCGACUGCAACCAGUGUCUGCCAGAGUACUGGGGACUGUCUGACGACCAAGAGGGUUGCAAACCCUGUGAUUGCGAUCUCGGUGGUGCUUACAACAACAGCUGCGAUGCAUAUACCGGACAGUGCCACUGCAGACCACACGUUAGUGGAAGGUCCUGUAAUGUUCCUGAGCAGAACUACUACACCGGAUGGAUCGACUAUCUCAUUUACGAGGGAGAGUACGCCAAGGGAACUGACAACUGCCAAGUGGUGAUCCGUGAGCCGUACCGCGACGGUCGCAACAACAGCUGGACGGGUCUGGGCUUUAUGAGCGCGAUCGAAGACUCGGUGCUGAACUUCACGGUGGACGGUGUGCGCCGAUCCAUGUGGUACGACAUCGUUGUUCGCUACGAGCCCAAGUACUCCGGUACCUGGGAUGAUGCCGAGAUCAUCAUCGAGCGCGAUGGUCCACCCAACAGCGAAGGACCUUGCGGUAAAUGGCAACCCGAGGAAGAUCGACUCUGGGUGCAACUACCUACCAACCAGAGAAGCUCCGUUGCUUCGCCGCCGGUUUGUCUGGAAGCCGGAAAGGUCUACACUGUCCUAUUACAGCUGAGAAAGUUCGCUAGACCCCCUGAUGCACCCACUGCCUCGAUCCUCAUUGAUUCGAUCGUUCUGAGCCCAAGGCUGGAGAAUAUACCGUUCUUCACUGGCGGCCCCGGCGAGAUUCGCCUACAGGAAUACGAGAGAUUCCGCUGCCAGGACUACUUCAACAACAUAUACGAGUAUUACUCGAUCUACGAGAACCGCAGUGACAUCCGCGAUAUUUGCACCAAGUACCAGAACAGCAUCGGUCUCUACGUCUUUGACGGAGCACACUCCUGCGAGUGCAAUCCAACCGGAUCCCACAGUUUGAUCUGCUCGAACUACGGCGGUAAUUGCCAGUGUAAGCCCAACGUGGUAGGUCGCAGUUGCGACCACUGCGCUCCUGGUACCUACGGCUUUGGCCCCGAGGGUUGCGUGCCUUGCGACUGCGAUGGCGUUGGUGCCCUGGACAAUUUCUGUGACGCAGAGACCGGCCGCUGCAAGUGUCGACCCAACACCUACGGACGAAGCUGCGGUCAGUGCGAGCCUGGCUUCUGGAACUUCCCGCACUGCCGGCGCUGCGAGUGCAACGGUCACGCGGACAGCUGUGACUCCAAAACCGGUGCUUGCCAGUCUUGUCGCGACUCGACCACUGGGCACAACUGCGACCGCUGUAUCGAGGCGUUCUAUGGUGACCCCCGCAUCGGCGUCGACAUCCCCUGCAGACCAUGUCCCUGUCCGGGAACCUUGGAAAGCGGCCACGCUUAUGCCGACAGCUGCUCCCUCGACCCCGUCAGUCACGACGUCAUCUGCGAGUGCUACCAGGGCUACGCUGGUCCACGAUGCGACACCUGCGCCGAUAAUUUCUAUGGCAAUCCCGAGACUCCCGGUGGCAAGUGCCAAUCUUGCGAGUGCAGCAACAACACCGAUCUCAACCGGCCAGGCAACUGCGAUCCACAGACCGGCAAGUGCCUGCAGUGCCUUUGGAACACCGACGGUUUCAACUGCCAGGUCUGCAAAGCCGAUUUCUACGGUGACGCUCUUCAGCAGAACUGCCAGUCCUGUCAGUGCAACAUCCUCGGUACCGACGCCAAAGCUGGACCGUGCGACCACAGGACCGGACAGUGUCCCUGUCUACCCCACGUCAUCGGACAGCUCUGCGACACCUGCGAGGAGAACCACUGGAGAAUCGCCAGUGGAGAGGGCUGCGAUCCUUGCGAGUGCGACGUUGUUGGUAGUGUGUCUGAUAGAUGCAACCCGUACGAAGGCACCUGUGAGUGCAAGCCCGGUUUCGGUGGCCGGCGCUGUAACGAGUGCCAGGCUAACUACUGGGGUAACCCGAAUGUGCAGUGCUAUCCUUGCGAGUGCGACGUCAUCGGUUCGGCUAGCGCUCAGUGCGACCGCGAGACUGGCGUCUGCGUCUGUCACGAGGGUAUAGGCGGUGAAAAAUGCGACCAGUGCGACCGCAGCUACAUCGGUACCGCACCCAGCUGUUCGCCAUGCGGCGAGUGCUUCGACAACUGGGACGGUAUCCUCGACGGACUGAGGAACAAGACGCUCUACGUUAUCGACGAGGCUUCGAACAUUCAGAAAGUCGGUACCACCGGUAUCUACAGCCAGGAGUUCGAAGACAUUGACAACUCGAUUGCUCAGAUCAACACUAUGCUCGAAAGCUCAUCAGUGAAGAGCCAGGACCUCGACGAGCUGAACCAGUUGGCCACUAACUUGGACAAAGACAUCGACAACUCGGCUACCAUCCUGCAAGAUCUGGAGAACCAACUGGAGAACGUUACGCAACGCGUUACCUUAGCCGACGCUCAAUUGAAACGCUUCAAGAACCGUACGGACGCUCUGCACGAGGGCGCGGCGGAGCUGCGCGAAAACGCCAACCGCCUCCAAGAGGCCAACGUUCAGGGCGCGCUGAAUGUGACCCAGCAGAUGGCUGACCAGUCACGUCUCGCUGAGAAGAUGGCCGCAGAGACCAAUAAUGUUCUGCUCGACGCCGAACGUUACAAGAAGAACACGGAGAACCUGCUGGCCAAGAGCAGUGCCAACGUCGAGGAGAACCGUCAGAAAAACAAGGACUCGCUCGAACGACUCAACGAAAAGCUGGACACGCUCAAGAGUCACAUGCCACAACUCAACCAGGACAUGUGCGGCAGAAACGUCACCGACUGCGACUCCGUCUGCGGAGGUGCCGGAUGUGGGCACUGUGGUGGACUGUCCUGUGAUGUUGGCGCUAUGACUAAGGCCAUGCAGGCACUCGACGUCGCAAAGAAGCAGUCUACUAUGAUCAAGGAACACAAGGACGAGGCCGAGCAGCUUCUGAGAAACUUGAUUCGUCUAAAGGACAAUGCCUCUGGUGCUCGCUCCAACGCGCAGGAGGCCUUCGAUCUGGCCUCGGCUGCGCGUAACCAGUCGGAUAAAUUGACUAAGGAUUUAAGCAACGUCAACAAGAAGAUUUGGGAUUUGCUGAAGGCCGAGCAGCCGACACCAGCGGAGGUACGCGACCUCGCCAAGGAGGUGCUCAACGAAAAGAUUACUCUCACGCCCGAAGAAAUCAAGGGCUUGGCAGACAAGAUCGCCAAUAUCGUCGGCUCGCUCAACAACCCCGAGCUCAUUCUUCGCGAGACCUCGGACGAUCUGCAACUGGCCAAGGAACUAAGGGAACGGGCCAACUACACCAAGAAGAUCGCGCAGGAAAAGGAGGCUUUAGCUGGCAAAGUAGUCGAACUGCUAAUGGAGACCCAGGGAUCCCAGGAAAUUGCUCAGGAAGCUAUUAGCAAGGCCGAGGCUGACAUCGACCUGUCGAAGCACGACCUCGACGAGAUCUCGCAGAUCACCAAACAGGCUAAGCAGAAGGCUGAUGACACCACGAAUUCGGUCAACGACUUGGAAAACAGGCUGCUACAGCUGCAGGCCGAAUCGGUGAAGAACGACUUCGUAAUCAAGCAAGAGAUCCAAGCGCAGGCGAGUAACAUCUCGGAGGAAGCGCGUCGAGUACAAGCGAACGCGAAAAAGCUUAGCCAGGAGUACAAGAGCGUAGAGCUGUCGUUGAACCAACGCGUGGACAAGAGCAAGGACGACAUCGGCCGUGCCAAGGGUCUGCUCAAGAGGGCGUCCGAGCUGACGGCCGACACCGUCGACAAGUUCAAGGACAUCGAGGGCAUGGAGAGCGUCUACAAGGACAAUGACAGACUGCUGCGUGAUCUCAUGGAGGAGGUCGACCACCUCAAUGCCUUGAUGAACCAACAUCUGGCCGAGUUCGAGUCCAAGGCUCAGCAGCUCAGGCAGUGUUAGGGCUAGGCUCUGCGAUGUAGACAAAUAUAUAUGACAAUGACGUAUAACACUGCCUCGCUCGCGUCGCGAUGAUGCAUGUCCUCGAUGAGGAUACCCGAACGGCGCUAACGAAAUUUCGAUCAACUUCACGCUCGUACUUAGCUGUAAUAUACAGAGCUCGACGUUUUCUGUGCUCGGUAGCUCCAGUGCCACGUAGAGAUUUUUCCCCCUAGUUUUUAGUUGAAAACGAUUUGGCAAAUACUUACUUUCAUACCAAUCUCUUUAUCGUGUCUCAGCAUCAUUUUUUAUACCAGUAAAGCAUUUUUUGUAUCUCGUGUCGUUUGGACGAUUACACGAUAUCGAUCGCAGUUACUUAACGAUUGUAUACUUAACUAUCUCGAAACAUAUCAAAAAUGAAGAAAAAAACGUAACGAAGACUCGUCAAUGUGUUUUUAUCGGCGAUUCUUCUACGAAAGUGCCAUAUAAGACGAUGUAAAAGAAAAUUAAAAUUUAUCGAAGGAUGCUGUAAACGCUCAAGAGCGUAAAGAGGCAAAAGUAAGGAAAGGACAGAAUCUUUUUUUUAGCAUACGAGGCUGUAAAUAUACAAUUAAUGAUGACAAUCUCGUGUUUUUUUUAUCGAGCAAAUAUAUACUUUUUAGCGUUAUCAAAGUAGGUACAAGUAGUGUACAAGUUUUUGAAAGUACGCGUUUACGUAUAUGAUAUAGAUUUUAAUGCAAGAGGUUAACAUGAGCUUAAUAAUGAAGAUAGUUUAUUAAUUUAGAGAAUACAUAUCCUAUAUACACGAUCGGGUAGAAGAAAAAAAAUAUAUAAAUUGAUAAAAUAAAAAGAAAAAUAAUGUUCAACAGGAUCGCGCGUUCGAAGAACCCGUGCAUAUUGGCUAUAAUCUGGACCAAAGUUCGUUUCUAACACAUUAGCGAAGUAUUUUAAAAGCACAUCGGCAAGACUGCAAAGGCAAACGCAAAACUCACCUCGAUUUUGUUCUCGACCUUUAUGUAGCGCAUACUAUGAACUAAAUGAUGCAAUAAUAACUAUAUAUUAUACACGUAUGAUGCUUAAACCAAAAGUCUUAAAUUUUUUAUAUAUUUAAUACUUUGUUAUAAUAUGAUUGUAUGCUUAACGAGAAUACUAUAUUGUAUAGGAAAAUAAAACCACAGAAUAAACUAGUUAAUAAAAAAAAAAA